UUGUUACUUCACAACUAUGUUCCUUGGCUGCAGCAAGUUGUUGAUGUUUAAUGCUUACAGAGUGCACGUACUUGGAUGUUGGGUGUGCUGCUGUUCGAUAUUUGUUUGUGGCGUGUAUCACCUUAGUGAUGGAAUUUCCGCAUCUGGGUGAGCAGUGUUCUGAGCUGUCAUGUAAGCAGUUAGAUUAUCUGCCGUUGAAGUGUGAUGCAUGUGAAAAAAUUUUCUGUAAAGAUCAUGUCUCGUAUAACAGCCACAGCUGUCCUUCAGCAUAUAAAAAAGAUGUACAGGUGCCAGUGUGUCCACUGUGCAAUGUACCUAUACCUGUGAAACGAGGAGAACCGCCUGAUAUCGCCGUUGGUGCGCACAUUGACAGUGACUGUCAGUCUCACACUGCCAAAACUAGUAGAAAGGUCUUUGCUAACCGUUGCUCUGCUAAGGGCUGCAAGCAAAAAGAAGUUGUCCGUGUACAAUGUGCAGAGUGUCGUCUUAAUUUCUGUCUGAGGCACCGCCACCCAGUUGAUCAUAAUUGUGAAGGUGCUGAAGCAGCUCGCAGGAGGAGAGCUGUGGAGGCAGCUCUUGCACGUCAGAAUGGUCCAGGUUACAACAAGAAUGUGUCCAACUCCACAAACACACAGACAGCCACUGCUGCACAGUUGCAAGGUGGAUUGAGUGAAGAUGAAGCUCUUGCACGUGCCAUUGCCUUAUCAUUAGAAGAUUCAGAUGGUAGAAGACAACCAAACAGGCAACACACAGUACAACCAGCGAAGUGUGCUGUCUCUUAGCAGUCAUCAGCAUUUUUUCUGUAUUUACAGAUUAUCCACAAGGCAAUUGAUGAAGAAAGUUACUUCUAACUUGAGAACACUGUGUUGCUAAGUUUCUCUUAAAUUAUGUAUAGCAUGGGUUUUUAACAGACUGAAAUUGAUUCAGUGAGGAAGUUUGCUUUUAUAAUCAUAAUGACUGGUGCAGCUGCAGAAAACUGCACAGCAUUGUUUAACUUUAAGCUUUCUUCUUUCAGGUAAUUAAAUAAUUGUGACGUGUGUGACAUAAUAAGAAUAUGUGUAAUUUCGGUUUCUAGGGAUCUACACUGAAGGAGACAUACUUGAAUAUGUUUCUUAGUAAACGAGUCAUGCUUAUUGUAUCCAGUUUAAAUGUGUGUUUCAAAUAUUUAGUUAGCAAAAGUAGUGUCUUUGGAAAUUUUUGUAUUGGAGGCAUUUUGCCUAUUAUACACAUAGCUUAAUGAGCUUGGAUGAAUUAUCUAAUGGAAUCUGUUGUAUGUAUAUCACUUUUUUUUAAAUCCUUGUUUUGUGUGUUCUGAGUGUAGCCUUGCAGUUGCAGUUCUUAUUGUAUUUGAGUGUCAGUGAAUAUUCAGUAUUCCACCUGUAUAAUUCAGUUGUUACAAGAUAUAGACUGCUGAAAAGUUACUGAAAAUUUUAAUUGCUACAGCACAUUUAAUGUAUGGUGCUAUUGAUCAAGUAUGGGUGUAGUGAAUCUUUAGUGCCACACAAUAAUAAAUUGCAGUUCAAUGUGGUGUGUAAAUGAAGCAAUUAAAAGAAACAAGAUUUUGUGGAUCUACAUCAAUGGGCGAUUAAAUGACUUACUGUUCAAGAUUAUCUUUCAUCCAGUUCAUAACAAAAUAAAGAAAAAAUAACUGCUAUUAUGUGAUUACAUGCACUCCAAUUGAAAUAAACAGGAGAAUGUUUAUAUACGUUAAAUUCCAAGUUGUAUAAUGGAAGACAGGAUUGUACGAUGAGAAAAUGAAAUUUUGUGUGAUGUCAUUAAGUUCUGGGAAUAUACACGGCAUGUUCUGACACUUAAAAAAAAUUGUCUUAUCUGUCAUCUGUGAUAUACUCAAAUGAAAUAAUACGUUAGUUGCCACACUGUUACUGAGGGCCAGACCUACAGUCUCAAUUUUUUAAAUAUAUCACUUACUUACUGCCUUACAUCAGAGAUCAUUGUCAGUUUUGAGAGCAGGUGCUGAGUGAGAUGGUGCAGUGCUAAGACACUGGACUUUUACGUGGCUGGGCAGCAGGUCAGAUCCCCAUCAAGUCACCCAUGUUUACGUUUUCCACGAUUUCCCUCAAUGGCUUAAAGUGAAUGUUGGGAUGUUUUCUAUCUUUCUCUAAUCUGAGCUUCUACCCUGUCCACAAUGACCCCAUCAUCAACAGGACAUUAAACGAUAACCUUUUUUCCUUCGAAAGCAGAUUACCAUAUUUUGUGUUACAGUUUCGUAUUAGACAUACAGCUAAACUUCUUUAUUAUGAAGUAAAUUAAAUGCAUUGAAACUAAAUAAGUGAAUCAAUGAGAUAGAAAUCAGGGAAGUUGUAAUGACAUGAAAUUAAGACAACUGAUAGCGAUAAGCAAGAAAUACGGGUUUUAGUCCCAAUCUGGCACAGAUUUUCAAUUGCUAUUACAGCCAUCACUUCUGUAAAAGUCAUGUAAUAGUUCUUUUAUGUUAAUUACGAGUGCAAAGAAUUGUUACAUUGUUUCAGAGGAAAAACAGUUUGCAUUUUUACAUUUUUUCUGUUUUUGCUUGUAUGCAUUUAGUAAUUAGUCUACUAAAAAUAUUUUAAUGUGAUGUUAUGGCUGUAAUCUGCUGAUCUUGUGCAUUAAGAGUGGAUAUAUAUUGUGUACUGCUUAUUUUUAUGGAUUUCAUUUGCAGACUUGCAAUGAUUGACAUAGCAUUCAUUACUGUAGAAGUGCAUAAAUUCUUAAGCACUGUCCAGUCACAUUAAUGUGAUAAACUAUUAAAAGCCUAAAUAACCACGUUUUGAAGUGCAGACUGCUGCGAGCUGUUCAGAGAGAGAGAGUCAGUGAUGUUCUGGAAGGUACCAACACAUCCCACAGACUCUUGAUUGGGUUAAACCCAAGGAGUUUGAUGGCUGGGGGAGUAUGUAGUUCAUCCUGAUGCUCUUCAAACCAGGCAUGUACAUCGUGAGUUGUGUGACAUGUUGCAUUGUCUUGCUGGUAGAUGCCAGCAUACUGAGGAAAAACAAACUGCAUAUAAGGGUGGACAUGGUAUCCAAGGAUAGAUUCAUAUGUGUGUAGAUCCAUUAUGCUAUCUACAUUGACGAGAUCACCCAGGAAAUGCCAGGAAUACAUUUCCCAGACUAUCAUGCACAUUCCUCCAGCCAGGAACCUUCCAACAAUUGUUGCACAAUGUUAGCUUUCAGUUCUGUAGGGCAUAAACAGUUAUUAGUCUGAGAAGGCCACCCGUCGCCAUUCAGUGGAUGUCCAGUUCUGAUAUUGGUGUGUCAGUUUCAGCAUUUGUCACUGAUGAACAGUAGUCAGCAUGAACCAGGCACCUGCUGCGGAGGCCCACAUGCAGCAGUGUUUGCUGAACGGUCAUUGAGGAGACACUGUUGGCAGCUGCUUGGUUCAACUGUGCGAUCAGUUGCUCAACAGUUGCAUGUCUAUUUGCACGUACACAUCUCUGCAGCUCUCAUUCACACGUGUCAUCUGUGACCUAUAAUGCUCCACAGUUGCCUCAGUGCUGGUUUUGGAUAGCACCAUUUUGCUGUGCGCAGUUUACUUUAACCACAGAUUUAGCCGAUCCAGAAACGCUCCCACCCUUGGCCCAAAAGCCAACAGUUACGCCAUUUUGGAUGUUGAAUAAGUCUCUCCAUUUCCCCACACUAUGUUAGUGACCGCAUUGUUUUCUGCCCCCCCUCCCCAAUACACUUUAUAUACACUCCACUGCUUGUGAUGUGAGUGGUUAUUUCUGGUUGAUGUCAAACAUAGGGAGUGGUCUCACUAAUGUGACUGAACCGUGUAAUUUAUUGGUAGAAACAGCUACUGCCAGCUCUCAAUUAUCUUGAUUAAGGUGGACUGAGUAGUUCACAGAUAACUGUGUUUACAAAACAUGUCACCUGUUGUAUUUCAAAGUCCCUUGCCUUUUUUUACAGGAUACUUUCCAAAAUCGGACAAUUUAUUUAUAAAACUUGACAUGGUGUAUGCAGUAAACAUGAGUCACAUGCUUAAUAAUCUAUCAUAAAUAAAAGUAUUUGAUAAUAGACUUCAGGCUUGGUUUUUAAUUUAAAAAAAAAAAAAAAAAAAGAAUCAAGGCACUAUGCAUGAAUCAUUCAUACUCGGGUAACAAGGAGCUUGUUGUAUAUAGAAAAUACUUUGAUUUCCAGUGUAGAUGUGGCACUCUGGAAGUUUAAAUAUAUUAUUUUUACAUUAUUUGUAAUAGAGUAGAAGUGUGUAUCUCUUUUGCUAUUAAUGGAUUUAGUACAAUAUGUGAUUGAUCAUGUAGUGUGUGCUAGUAAAGGUCAGAAGUCCUUUUGAAUUUUACAGGCAGCCACCUCGCACUUUUGUCUUCAUCAUGUUCAUAUUUCAGUAAAUUUUUGGGCACUGGGAUCAGGGAAACAUAAAUAAUUCUUCUGACAAAUUACUUUAUUACAAGCCUUGAAAUUUUGAUAUCUCUCUUAAUAUCUGUACGUAUUUUAUCCCCCUUCCAGGUGCUUUUUUUCUUUUACAGUGGGCUAUUUGCCAAAGUAGUUAAGACACUGGACUCCACUUAAAAAAUUUUUCCUAAUAAACUUGGGUGAAUGCCAGAAGGUUACUUGAUUUGCCGUUUGAGCUCUGUUUCCAGUGACAUCACCAUUGACAGGGUGUAAAACUCCAGUAUUCCUUCCCUUUUUUUACCUUCAAAUUUUUCUUCAAAUUGCAGUAUUAAAAAGGGAUAAAUCAGAACUGUGUAUUUUAUUAGUGGAAAAACCAUUUGUCAGUCUUGAUUAUGAAAAUCUUGAAGUUGAAAAUUCAAUGACAGUAUAUAUAUCAAGGAAGUAUCUAUUUUUCAUGUAAAAUCAUUAUCAAUAGGAGAAGAAUCCAAACCUCUCUUAGAACACAAUUAGAGUGAGUCACAUAUAAAAUUUGAACCAAAAAUAUUUCACCCUUUCUGAAAUGGCAAUCUGAAAGUUCUGAUACAUUCUGGCACCAGCAUUUUAUAAUUUAUGGAACUUUUUGUUCAUUUAUUUGAUUGUGUAGUGUUACUGGCACUGCAUCUAUUCCAAGCUAUUGGACAUAUCAAAGGUUCUCCAUUCCAGCACAUUUCCAUGCUCUGUCAAAGUUUAAAGCUACCUUGAAACUUGUAUAUAUAGAUAUUGACAUCUAAAUUUUAGAUAGUCAGCAAUCUGUAAAAUCUCUCCUCUGUCAGUAUCUCAACAAAUCGAUACUUAAGUUAGGCAAAUAGAUGUGUUACUGUCACCCAUUGUCAUGUAAAAUAUAAGUGUUUGCAGUAUUUUCCAAAAUGUUGUUUUUUGACGUUCUCAGUUGGUUCCACUGUCUCAUAGGUUAACAAAUCCCACAUAACUUUCAGAAAUUUCAUUUGUUAUAUUAACCUUCCCACUGCUACAAGCAUGCUCUCUGCAUUCUGUGCUGAGCUUGACUUUGUUGCCAUUGUACUGCUUACCUAAUGCUGCUACCUGUGCUGAGAGAUGGCAUUCCAGCCACUGUGAAAUAUGCACCAUCUGAUUUUAAGAAAACUAUUUGGUGAAAAAAUUUGAUUUUUGCACACCUUAGUCUGAUAUCUUUGCUUGAUAGAGGACUGGCUUUGUUUUUGUUACUCAUCAUAGUUACUGCGCUACAUCAAAUUAAGUAAAAUAUACAUAAAAUUGUAAAGAGUUUGCAGAGAUAAAAUUGUACUGUGUAAACUUUGCAUGUGGUUGGUUUUAGCUCAUACAUUGCUGUGGAUGAAAUGUAGUUAAGACAUCUAUUUUAUUUAAAAUUGAGAGCAAAACGAUAUCUCAUUUUGUUCUCAAAUUGUUGGCUUUUACAUCCGAUGGAUGGUUCGUCCCUGCAUGUCAGGAAUAAUGUGCUAAUAAGUGUUGUCAUAUUUCAUAAGACGGUUCAGGAUAUCGAAAUUAGUUUUUUUUGCAAAUGAUAGUAUGCCAAGAGGCACAUUAUAAAUACUCAAAACUUUUUUAUUCAUUGAGAUAUCGAAAUAACUCGUACACAGCAGAGAGAAGUUGUGAAAUGCGAUCCAUAAACACAUCAGUGCACUUAAGAAAACGCCAGGGAUAUUUUUAAGUACCUUCUCAGCAUUCAUCCACAGCAUUCAAAGGGUUAACACGUGUAAAUUAGUAAUGGACACCAGUCAUCAAAUUUUUACACAUACUAAGUCACCAAAGUCACCCUUACCUUUUGUUUGGACUUAAUUGUACUUUUUAUUGAUACAUAUCCACCAUCCUUCUCUGUAUUAAAUAGCAGUUUGUUUCAGAAUUUCACAAAACAUGUGCCUUUAUAAACAGAUAUAUUGUGUGUACGUAUGAAUGUCAUACAAAGUGACAAGAUAUGCAGUCUUUGUACUUAAAAUGCAAUUGAUUUAAAUAUGAAAAUUUCUUGUGAUUAGUUUCCAUAUGACCAAUUGUUUCUACUACUAUAAACAGUUCUGUGUAGAAUGAGAGGAGAAAAUAUGGAAGUUUUAUGAAUUUUAUCCACAGUGAGCUGAAAUCGACGGAGACUUUGGAAGAAUGACAGUUGAAUAGACAUUAAAAUUGAACUGAAUUUUAUUUUAAAAAAUAAUAGUUCACUUACAAAACCUAAAAUGUUGCUUGUUCUAAAUAGAUAUAUAUGUCUUGUACUCCUCAAUUUGAACUGCUGCAUGCAGCUUAGAUUCCUGUAUCCAACUGAAAAUUAAUUAUGUUUAGUUUUUUGUAAUUAGAUCCCCCUCAGAUUCUGUUUGUAUGGAAUACCAACUGCCUGUUUUCUCUCUCUUUCUCUCUGUUAUGAAGUAUCUAUUCAGUUUAGUAUAAAAAUGGAGAUGUACAGAUUAUACUGAUUAGCUUUUUUCCCUUUGACUGUGAUAUGCAUUGCACCAGUAAAACUUUCAUUCCUCAAGAUGAUGCAUUGAGUAUACAGCUGAAUAAUGUGCAAAUGCUAGUUUAAACAAAUCAUAAUGUUGUUAUUGUCUUUUUGAAUCUUUGUAAUUUUAUACACUUUUAACUUUUUCCAUUUUAAAGUAAGUAUUGUUGUUGUAUAUUGUACUGUUUCAGAGUUUACAAAUGCACUGUUAAUGUUUGCUACAUUGAAUAUUUUUGUAAAAUUUUUAAAUGUUAAAUAAAAUUUGGCACGUUACAUAUA